UCAGAGUCAGACUUAGCGAGACCCUCCGGUGCACAGGCACCGCAGUCCAGAGCAGGCUCCCCGCGGAUGCGGAAGGGGCUCGGAGACCCCCAGGGCUGGGAGGAGGUCACACUGCAGAGGCGAGGCCGAGGCCUGAGCUCUCUGAGGUCCUGCAGGCCCUUGAAGCAGGGCCAGCCUCCCCCGGUCCCUGGAGCGCCUGCUGCCCACCACCCUCCCCUGCACCUGGGACUGCCUCCCUUCCUCGCCCCCACCACGUGGCCCCUAACAGCUGUCCUGUUCCCUCUCUCCCUCCUGCACCCUCUGGCUCCCUCCUCAGAAGAGGCCCAGGAGGAAGAGGAAGUCCAGGAAGAGGAGAAGCCAAGACUCAAACUCACGGCUCCUAAGAUCCCGGAAGGGGAGAAAGUAGACUUUGAUGACAUCCAGAAGAAGCGGCAGAACAAAGACCUCAUGGAGUUGCAGGCUCUCAUCGACAGCCACUUCGAGGCCCGGAAGAAGGAGGAAGAGGAGCUGGUCGCGCUCAAGGAGAGAAUCGAGAAGCGCCGUGCGGAGAGAGCUGAACAGCAGAGGAUCCGGGCCGAGAAGGAGAGGGAGCGUCAGAACAGGCUGGCGGAGGAGAAAGCCCGGCGGGAGGAAGAGGACGCCAAGAGGAAGGCCGAGGACGACCUGAAGAAGAAGAAGGCCCUGUCCUCCAUGGGCGUCAACUACAGCAGCUACCUGGCCAAGGCUGACCAGAAGAGAGGCAAGAAGCAGACGGCCCGGGAGAUGAAGAAGAAAGUCCUGGCCGAGCGGCGGAAGCCCCUCAACAUCGACCACCUCAGCGAGGAGAAGCUCACGGACAAGGCCAAGGAGCUCUGGGAAACCCUGUACCAGCUGGAGACCAACAAGUUUGAGUACGCGGAGAAGCUGAAGCGGCAGAAAUACGAAAUUACCAACCUCAGGAGCCGCAUCGACCAGGCCCAGAAGCACAGCAAGAAGGCCGGGACCACGGCCAAGGGCAAAGUCGGCGGGCGCUGGAAGUAAAGCAGCCGAAGAAGUUCCCAGAGGCAGAGACCCUCAGCCUGUGGGGCCCACGUGGAGGCAUCCAGCUCCCGGGCACCUCCUGUGUCUCUGUCCGCGCUGCCCCCAACCUCUGGGGUCUGUAAAUAAAGCUAGCAGACUCCCCUCGGA